AUGGGUUCUUUAAGAAAUGGAACAGAGAGAGGACUACUACAUGAAGAAGAAAAAGAAGAACUGAUAUUAAUGGAGCAAUCACAGAGGUUCUGUAUGUUUCCCAUUAGAUACCCACAAAUUUGGGAGAUGUACAAGAAGGCUCAAGCCAGUUUUUGGACCGCCAAGGAGGUCGAUCUUUUUCUUGAUUUCCAGCACUGGGAAACCUUAUCUGAAUCUGAGAAGCACUUUAAGGCUAAGUGGGCUUUGAAUUGGAUUCAGAGCUCCACCUCGUUUGCAGAAACACUUGCCUUUGCAUGUGUUGAAGGAAUUUUCUUCUCAGGAAGCUUUUGUGCUAUAUUUUGGCUGAAGAAGGGGGGAAUGAUGCCAGGCCUGACAUUCUCAAAUGAGCUUAUUUCUAUAGAUGAGGGUCUCCGCUGCGACUUUGCUUGCCAACUGUACAGUUUACUACAGAAGCAGCUGCUAUAUAUGGCAAAAAUUUCAUCACAUUGUGCAUGA